AUCAGCUCAAAUUGUUUGCUCGGAGCUUAUUGCAUUCUGCUUGAAAAUUCAGGGCACGAAGAUCGUUCUUUGGGCGAUGUGUCGUCCAUCUUUUGCCUUGCCGUCGUUGCUACGCUGCUGAACACUCCCCGCACGGCGUCAUUCCACUUUCACACGCAAAUGCGGUGGAACACUUCACAGUCCAUACUCUUGAGUGGCCUCCGUGCGUUGCGGCGGCAACCUCCGCGAACAAAAUGGGGAAGGGUCGAUAUUUGGUGGUUUCAGCUUUGCAGUUUGCCUGCCCUGACGACGUCUAAGCCAAUGUUGGCACCGCCGAAAGUCUCAUACAGUUCCUCAACAAUGGCUGAAGUAUCACAUGGACAUUCCCCUGGGAAUGAUUAUCUGUCAUUCAUUAAAGCCUCAUUAGAUGAGCUUGAAGGUCCAUCUCAUCAUUGGUUGAAUAGAUUCGACAAAGAUAAACAACUUUCCAUGGGAGACAGAACAUUCUUGGUUCUUGCUGCAAGAACUUUUGACCAUGAAAUGUUGUUUGAAAAUAUGAAGAAAAUUAAGAAGAGGUUCUCUCAUCUCUUUGUCAUGGGCUUAUUCUUCAUUCAUUCCUCAGCAGAUACAAUGCACAUAAUCUGGUUAUUGAUGUCUGAAAACAUCACAUUCCCCAUAUUAUUGUCAAAGAAGACAUUUCCUGAGAUGGAGCAAGGUGCGUGCUUCUUGUUAUUUAAAAAUUUUGAGAGCCCAGUAGUUUAUCAUGAGAAAGACGUGGAUCUUGAAAUGCUCUACCAAGCUAUUGAGAAUUUACACAUGCUGCCUACUGGGAAUUCUAAGUCAGUCAAGCAAUUGAGAUUCACUUCUUGGAAGCAAGAUGGAAUCAAGAAGGAGCAUUAUAUGUGUUCUUCUCUUCUGAAUUUACUUCUCUGUUAUCCAGGUUGCAUCUCUGCAGAUGAAAGUGGAGACCGCCUCUUCCUUUCUGACUGCAAUCAUCAUAGGAUUAUUGUAUCUGAUGACAAUGGAGAGAUUUUGGAUUGCAUUGGCUCUUCCCCAGGAUUUGAGGAUGGAGAUUUUGAAUUUGCUAAAUUAAGGCGACCUGCAGGUUCUUUUUACCAUGCUGCUGAGGACUGCUUAUAUUUUGUAGAUUCCGAGAACCUUGCUAUCAGGAAAGCUGAUAUGCAAGCACGAUCAGUGGAGACUCUUUAUCCUAUAAGUGCCUCUAGCAAGAGCAAUGUGCCUAUAUGGACUUGGAUCAUGAAUAAGCUGGGUUUAGAAAGCAAUGCAGAGAGCAAUGUUGAUGAAACAUCAGAUGUGUUUGGUUCUAAAACACCAUAUUUACCAUGGCAUCUGUUGAAAUCAGUUGAUGAUACUCUCUUCAUUCUAGACCGCAGGUUCCAAGUUGCAGGGAUCAUGGAUUUGGCUUCAGCAAAGAUUGACAAAGUUCUUGAAGGUUCUCCUGAAAUUUAUGAGAUAUGCAGAAAGCAGAUGUCAAAGAAAUUAUCCCUUUUAGAUCAUCUAGCCUAUGAUGGGUUUCAACAGCAAAUUGAAUAUGCCUAUUCUGUGGAGGGCCUCCCUCAUUCUGGUCUUUUAUCUUCACUGACGACCCUGCAGAAUCAAAUUUUCAUCAGUGAUACAGUUGGACAGAGGAUUUUGAAAGUUGACAGAGAAUCUGGGGUUUGUUCAAAAUUCCAGUUUUCCAAUUUAGGGAUACUUGGAUUACCUUGUUGGUUGAUGCCUCCCUCGGAGACAUUUUAUGCUACCACAAAUGGACUUUCAGAUGUACCAAUUGAUCUGCAGUGUUUCCAGUUGCUACCAGGUAAAAUUCACAUGCUGUUAAUCGUGGAUGUUCCUCAGGACACUGAGCUAGUACAACCACUGGAUGAGGCCUGUAUCUGGCGUCAGGCAAGAGGAGCAGCUAUUGAAGUCUCAGCAAUAGAGGAUGUGCCAGGAUCGGUAGAUAAGGUCGGCGUUGCACAACAAUGGUAUGAUGAAUUGGAUGAUCUUGCCUCUCCUAAACCUGAGUCAGAACAAGCUGUUCCAGAUGAUAAUCUGAAUAACAAUUUAAUGGUGGAAGAUAAGAAAAUUUGCAUCACCUGCAAUGUCAAUACUAGUCCUGGAACGAGUGAGGUUAUUAUUUAUACAGUGCUUUAUUUGAAACUUAAAAAAGACCCAAACUCACAAGAAGAAAGCCCUGAGAUUCAUGCUGGAAGGAUACUAGAUAUCAUGAGCUCUGGGAGAUGCUUGAAGAUGGAGAAAGAUCUAUGCAGUCAAUUUUUAUCAAAAUCUAAAGGGGACUUGAGGGAUCUCAUUUUCAUGAAACCACUGCAUGUAAGGAUAAAAUUGGAUAGUUUAGAUCAUCCAAAGGCUGAAAAUGAGAGAGAUAUAAUCUUGACAGAUUCAUCCAUCCAGGUAAAAGUUUCACUCGAUUGAUUGUAGGUAGAUUCAAGAACAAAGUUGCGAACUUUUCAUGUGCUUUUUGUAAUGGUUUUUGCUUUCUGAUCCAGAUGGGUAACAUAAUAUAAUAUAAAGCCAAGGUUUUUUAUUUGACCAAAAAAAAAAAGGCCAAGGAUUUUUAGGGCAUUGUAAUGGUUUUUGUAUAUUGUAUAUAAUUUUAAUUGCCCCGUGUGUCUAAUAUAUAGCCAGGCAUUAAAUGUGAA